CAAUCUUUAGACGCAUAACCCCGCCCUCCAGCUAGUGAAUGGCCGGUGGAGAUGUCGUUCCUGGGUUUGGCCCGCCCACUCGUGCCCGAAGCCCCGCCCUGCUCCCUCAAGACUAAGCCUACCAGACAGUCGGUCCAAGGCUCCUCCUCUGGACCAACCUCCGCCAUCUUGGCUUCUGAUUGGUCCGAGUGCUACCGAGGCUCCGCCCUCAUCGCGGGAGACCCCGCCCCAUGGAAGAGCCCUCUCUAGGCCCCGCGGUGCGUUUGGCUGUGUGGCUGCUGAGAGAGACACCGGCUGGAGGCAGGGUGUGAAGCCUUCCUAUUGGAACCUCGGUGCUGGGACGGUGGGACUCGGUGCAGCUCUCUAGACGCCAGGUCCACGCUCAUGGCUGAUGAUGUCAGGUACUAACAACGUUGCCCAGGCCCGAAAGCUGGUGGAGCAGCUCCGCAUUGAAGCUGGGAUUGAACGCAUCAAGGUCUCCAAGGCCUCGUCAGAACUGAUGAGCUACUGUGAGCAGCAUGCCCGGAAUGAUCCUUUGCUGGUUGGUGUGCCGGCCUCUGAGAAUCCAUUCAAAGACAAAAAGCCUUGCAUAAUUCUCUAGCUCUCUCUUUCUCUCUCUCUUCCCCCUCCCUCCCCCUCCCUCUCUUUCUCCCCACCCUGAAGGUAUUGUCCAAUUUUUUUUUUCCUGUAAGAAAAAUAUUUGAAUCCCUCCUACUUUGAAUUCUAAAGGAACAGAAACCACCGUGAAAGCCCGGAUCCUUCUGGCCUAGCUGGAGUUUAUGACCCUCGGUAGAGCUCUGACUGCCUGGUCUAACUGAGGCUAGCCUGGCCUAACUGAGACGUUAGCCUCGCUGCCCCCACCCCUUUCCAUCACGAAUCACGACUGUGGCUGAUUUUUAAAGCUCCCCUUAGUUGGCCUGGGGAAAGGGCUUGGUUGGUGAAUGGCACAUCUUGCAAGUGUGAGGACCCUAGUUGCAAUCCUCAGGUUCCACAGAAAGCAUGCAGGGGCGUGUCACAGGGGCCGUGUCACAGGGGCCGUGUCACAGGGGCCAUGUCACAAGGCUGUACUCCAGCACUCAGAAGGCUGGGACUGAAGGAUCCCCAGGGCGUGAGGGACCUGCCAUCCUAGCUGUCAGUAAAACUCCAAACAGAGGAGGACACCCAGCCUUGGCCCCUGGCUCCACACACAUGCAGCACACACAAUGCACACUGUGCUGCCCAGGGUCCUUCCCGAGUGCUCCUGUCUUGUGCACAGUGACGCCCUUUCUCCAGAGACACGGCCCGUCCCAGAAACAGGCACCUGGGUCUCCAUUCACAGGAAGCACUUGCUGGUAUGGAGGAGUGUGUAAUCUUAUCUCCUAAACCUGAGAUCCAUGUGGUCAUUGGUGGCUCUCCAUUUUUCUCCCAGUUACCCAGUUGGUUGUGUGGGCAGAAAUGCAGAUUUAAUUAUCUUGAGGUGAAUGAGAAGUGUUGGGGUUCUCCAUCCCACAUCAUGACUGAGUGGCUCCAGAUCCCCCUUCCACUUUCCUGGAUCAAACUAUUUUUUUAACUAGCCAGAACCCAAGUCCCUCAGUGUGGGGACUGUAGCCCUGCUCUGCACUCCCUCAUUGGGGGAUUCUAGGCGGGGCUCCACUCCUGACCUAGACCUCAGCCCCUCACUGGGGCAUUCUAGGUGGGGCUCCACCCUGACCACGCCCCUAGACCCUUGGUAGUUCUGGACAGCACUCUACCACCCCUGAGCCAGGCCUCUUCUCUUUCUGUUUUGUGAGCAGAGCCCUAGAGUCCAGGCUGGCCUGGAACUGGAGAUCUUCCUGCCUCUGUCUCCAGAGUACCUACAUGACAGGGCCUGUGCUUGCAUGCCUGGCAUUGGAUUGGACUGAAGAUAACAUACCCUCUGUCUGUGACAGUGACAGUGGCGAGUAUAGGGAGGAUUCGGCUUGGGUGUACCGGCAUGGUCUGCAGCCAUACACAAAGGCAUCCUAAGCACCGGAGACCCCAGCUGCCUCUUUCUCCUGCCAGAUCAGUAUGGGCGCAAACAGCAGAAAUGAAGCCAGUCCAGCGAUUCCCUGUAGCCUUGGUGGAACUCUGCUUCCAAAAGCCUGUGCCAGGCUGAUCCCUGGGCAGUCGCCCCUGGGAGAGUGAACAGGGCGAGGAGUCAGGCUCCCCCAAAUCCAUUUGAUGGAAACAGGAAAAGAAGUCUGGGGUGUGACUAAGGGGAGACACUGCAGGUGCUAUGAGGGGUACCACCCCCCAUUUCCCUCUCCAUGGGCUGGGUCCCAGAGAGCACAGACCAAGGGUCAGGCUCCUCCAGUGCAUCGGCUCCCCAUUACUGGUAAGAGAGGCCCAGGGACUUUGGUGAGCCUGGCUCUCAGAACCUGUGGUUGAAUCAGAAAAGCCAGUUUCCCUCCAAAACUACAGCCACCUUGCAUUAGGCUAGGAACCAGGUCUCAGGAUGUGUGUCCCCAGCUGCACUGGCAAGGGGAGAGGAAGGCACGUUUGCAAAGCACCUACCCAGCGUGCUAGAAACUUGGGUUCCACCCCAAGCUCCCAGAAACCAGGCAUGGGCACUGGGGGUGUGAAGGCAGGAAGAUCAGGACUUCAGGGUCUUCCUCAGCUACAUAAUGGGCUCAAGGCUAGCCUGGGCUACAUGAGACCAUGUCUCAUGCAGUGUUCUCUCUCUCUCUCUCUCUCUCUCUCUCUCUCUCUCUCAACUGCUUCCCUCGGGAGGUUGCAGGCAGCAGAUGCCCGCCUGGCCAGCCUGUGUUUGCUGUGUUUGGUCACAGCUUUUUGUUUCUCACCUCUGGGACAAAAAUUCAAAUCUGCAUCUCUGCCCACACCUCCAGUGCCCCCUCCCCAGGUGACUGACAGGCCAAGGACAAAGUGACCUCUUGUCCCCAGGGAAGGUAGGACUAGGAUGGACUGUGGGCCCCAAUAGUCCUUGUGUGCCCUCCUAACCACUGCAGUCCUGCCUCAUCUUAGAGACGCUUAGAGAAACCAGAACACAACAGACCAAUCAGGAGCCAAGAUUGGUGGCCCACACCUUCAGUCCCAACACUUGGGAGGCCGGGUCAAGGGGAUCUCUGUGAAUUGGAAGCCAGCCUCAGCUACAGAGUGAGUUCUAGGGCAGCCAGGGUUAUAGAGACACCAUCUAAAAACAAAACAAAACAACCAAAACUGUUAGACCUAUUGCAUCUUGAGCCACCUAGGAGGGACUUCCAACCUAAAGAGAAGGAAGGUGGGCAUGGAGGUGCAUCCUACACAGAAGCCAUACACACUGGCCAGAUGUCACAAGGCACUUUUCAUUUCUGCCCCAACUCCAGGGCUGGCUCCUCCCCCAUCAGACUCCAGGGCUGGCUCCUCCCCCAUCAGACUCCAGGGCUGGCUCCUCUUCCUUCCCUCUGCUUUGUGAUGCUAGUUGGUUUUUAUUUCUGAUUUAAAAAAAUUAAAAAAAAAAAAUCUGUGUGCCACGCCCACUCUCCCAUUGUUAGUAUUGUGUGGAAUGAGGUCACAGGAGCGCGAAACCUCCUUAAUAAAAGCCUGGCUUUUCCUUUUGCCUCGA